AUGUUUCUCUCUGCCUCUUCUUCUGUCUCUCUCUACCUCUUUCUCCGUCUCUCUCUCUCUCUCUCUCUGCUUCUUUCUCUGUCUCUCUCACUACUUCUUUCUCUCUCUUUCGGCCUCUUUCUUUCUCUUUCUAUCAGCUUCUCUCUCUCUCUCUUCCCCUCUCUAUCUCCCUCUUUCUUUUUCUAUCAACCUUUCUCUCUCUAUCUCUCUCUCUAUCAGCCUCUUUCUCGCUCUCUAUCUGCCUAUCUCUCUAUCAGCCUCUUUCUCUCUCUCUCUCUCUCUAUCCGCCUCUUUCUCGCUCUCUAUCUGCCUAUCUCUCUAUCAGCCUCUUUCUCUCUCUCUCUCUCUCUCUAUCCGCCUCUUUCUCGCUCUCUAUCGGCCUAUCUCUCUAUCAGCCUCUUUCUCGCUCUCUAUCUGCCUAUCUCUCUAUCAGCCUCUUUCUCGCUCUCUAUCGGCCUAUCUCUCUAUCAGCCUCUUUCUCUCUCUCUCUCUCUCUCUAUCCGCCUCUUUCUCGCUCUCUAUCUGCCUAUCUCUCUAUCAGCCUCUUUCUCGCUCUCUAUCUGCCUAUCUCUCUAUCAGCCUCUUUCUCGCUCUCUAUCUGCCUAUCUCUCUAUCAGCCUCUUUCUCGCUCUCUAUAAGCCUAUCUCUCCCAUCAGCCUCUUUCUCGCUCUCUGUCUGCCUAUCUCUCUAUCAGCCUCUUUCUCGCUCUCUGUCAGCCUAUCUCUCCCCAUCAGCCUCUUUCUCGCUCUCUAUCUGCCUAUCUCUCUAUCAGCCUCUUUCUCGCUCUCUAUCUGCCUAUCUCUCUAUCAGCCUCUUUCUCGCUCUCUGUCUGCCUAUCUCUCUAUCAGCCUCUUUCUCGCUCUCUGUCUGCCUAUCUCUCUAUCAGCCUCUUUCUCGCUCUCUAUCUGCCUAUCUCUCUAUCAGCCUCUUUCUCGCUCUCUGUCUGCCUAUCUCUCUAUCAGCCUCUUUCUCGCUCUCUGUCUGCCUAUCUCUCUAUCAGCCUCUUUCUCGCUCUCUGUCUGCCUAUCUCUCUCCCAGCCUCUUUCUCGCUCUCUGUCUGCCUAUCUCUCUAUCAGCCUCUUUCUCGCUCUCUGUCUGCCUAUCUCUCUAUCAGCCUCUUUCUCGCUCUCUAUCGGCCUAUCUCUCUAUCAGCCUCUUUCUCGUUCUCUAUCUGCCUAUCUCUCUAUCAGCCUCUUUCUCGCUCUCUAUCUGCCUAUCUCUCUAUCAGCCUCUUUCUCGUUCUCUAUCUGCCCAUCUCUCUAUCAGCCUCUUUCUCGUUCUCUAUCCGCCCAUCUCCUAUCAGCCUCUUUCUCGCUCUCUGUCUGCCUAUCUCUCUAUCAGUCUCUUUCUCGCUCUCUAUCUGCCUAUCUCUCUAUCGCCUCUUUCUCGCUCUCUAUCUGCCUAUCUCUCUAUCAGCCUCUUUCUCGCUCUCUAUCUGCCUAUCUCUCUAUCAGCCUCUUUCUCGCUCUCUAUCUGCCUAUCUCUCCAUCAGCCUCUUUCUCAUUCUCUAUCUGCCCAUCUCUCUAUCAGCCUCUUUCUCGUUCUCUAUCUGCCUAUCUCUCUAUCAGCCUCUUUCUCGCUCUCUAUCUGCCUAUCUCUCUAUCAGCCUCUUUCUCCUCUCUAUCUGCCUAUCUCCAUCAGCCUCUUUCUCGCUCUCUAUCUGCCUAUCUCUCUAUCAGCCUCUUUCUCGCUCUCUAUCUGCCUAUCUCUCUAUCAGCCUCUUUCUCGUUCUCUAUCUGCCUAUCUCUCUAUCAGCCUCUUUCUCGUUCUCUAUCUGCCUAUCUCUCUAUCAGCCUCUUUCUCGUUCUCUAUCUGCCUAUCUCUCUAUCAGCCUCUUUCUCGCUCUCUAUCUGCCUAUCUCUCUAUCAGCCUCUUUCUCGCUCUCUAUCGGCCUAUCUCUCUAAAUGUUUCCGUGCCUCUUUCUCUAUGUCCUUCUGUAUCUGA